AUGCAAAAAGAAUUCAUGCGACUCGCCAAAAAGAGUUCUGCGGCCCGCCAAAAGGAAUUUCCUGACCAAAAAAAAUUCAUACGACUCGCCAAAAAGUGUAAUUCAUGCGGCCCGCCAAAAGAGUUCAUGCUACUCAUAAAAAUUCAUGCGACUCAAAAAAAUUCAUGCGACUCGCCAAAGAAUUCAUGCGACUCGCCAAAGAAUUCUGCGAAUCAUAAAAAAGUUCAUAGGACUCGCAAAAAAAUUUCAUGCGGCCCAAAGAGUUCAUGCAGCCCGCCAAAAGAAUUCAUGCGACUCGCCAAAAAGAGUUCAUGCGACUCGCCAAAGAAUUCAUGCAUCGCCAAAGAAUUCAUGCGACUCGCCAAAAGAAUUCACAUGCGACUCGCCAAAAAAAUUCAUGCGAAAAAGAAUUCAUGCGACUCGCCAAAAGAGUUCAUGACCCGCCAAAAGAAUUCAUGCGACUCGCCAAAAAGAGUUCAUGCGGCCCGCCAAAAAGAAUUCAUGCGACUCGCCAAAGAAUUCAUGCGACUCGCAAAAGAAUUCAUGCGACUCUCGCCAAAAGAAUUCAUGCGUCCCGCCAAAAGAAUUCAUGCGACUCGCCAAAAAAAAUCAUGGACCCGCCAAAAGUUCAUGUGGCCCGCCAAAAGAAUUCAUGCGACUCGCCAAAGUUCAUGCGACUCGCCAAAAGAGUUCAUGCGGCCCGAAAUCAUGCGACUCGCCAAAAGAAUUCAUGCGGCUGCUCGCCAAAGAAUUCAUGCAAAUCGCCAAAAAGUUCAUGCGGCCUGCCAAAAGAAUUCGGGUGACUCGCCAAAAGAGUUCAUGCGGCUCCGCCAAAAGAAUUCAUGCGACCUGCCAAAAGAUUCAUGCGGCCCGCCAAGAAUUCAUGCGACUCGCCAAAGAAUUCAUGCGACUCUGCCAAAAUAUUCAUGCGACUCGCCAAAGAGUUCAUGCGGGUCUGCCAAAGAAUUCAUGACCCGCCGAAAGAAUUCAUAA